AUGGACGCCUUCUUCAGCGGCCUCGACUCCCGGCUGCGGGUGGCGGUGAAGGUGGCGGACUCCAUCAUGGUGGGGCUGGUGAACGCCGCCAUGGAGGACGCCUACAAGAAGAGCCUCUGGAAGGACGGCGACCUGGAGCGCCUCUUCCAGAAGCUCCGCUUCGCCGAGCUCGCCAUCAUGCAGCUCGAGUGGUGCCUCCGCUUCGUGCGGGGGGAGAUGGAGGCCGACGGCGGUGCCGACGACGGCCACGAGCAGCUGCUAGACGACCUCCUCGAGACGCGGGACCAGAUCCAGGCCCGCCUCGACGAGGCCGAACUCGCCGUCGCCCAGGCGGACUGCGACUACAUGCGCCGGAAGCGCGAUGACCUCGACCCGUCGCGCCGCUGCCGGGAGACGCCGUCCGCAGUCGAUCGCCGCGGUGCCGAGGUGGAGGUCGGUGCGUUCGCGGAGCUCCGGGGGUCGGUGGGCCGGAAGAUGACGAGGAUGAGGGCCAGGCUGGAGGACGCGAGCUCCGAGCUGGCGGCGCUCAUGCAGAAGGUCAGCGGCGAGGCGUCGCCGAUGGCGAGGCUGCAGGACCCCGGCCACGAGGGCGACGGUGUCAAGGGCGUCUCGGGAUUCUACAGCAUGGCGCAGCUGCUUAUGGAGUUCCAGGAGAUGGUCCUGGACGCCGGCGUCGUCAGAGACAGCGUCGCAUCUGCGUUCGAUGCCAUGGAGAGGUCGGUCUCUGCGCAGCGGGAAGCCAUGGAGGAGCAGCGGUGGCUCAUGGAUGCAGAGAAGGAGAUGUACCGUGCCGUCGUUGAGGAUUUUCUCCGGGAGAUCAACGUGGAAUCAACUAAAUGCGAUCGUUCUGAGGGAGAAGGAUGUCCGACACCUACACUGCAUCAUAGCAGAGGUGCUAAUGAGAAUAGUUCUGACGAAUUCCAAUCUCUGAAGGAUGAAACUAGCCAGCUGCACUCAGCAAGGCUUAUCCCGGCAGAGAAGUCAGAGAGCAGCAGACUAUAUUAUAAUUCAGAAGAGCAUCGUAUCUCCCAAGAGGAAGCUGAAAGGCUAACAGAAAGAACGAUUGAUUCAGAAAUCAGAUGUGAACUGCAGCAUGUGUUAUACUCAGCAGUAUUCAGAGACCUAUUAAGGAAGCUUUCGGUUCAGGCAUAUGAUGCACAAGAGCUUACAGAACAAAGAGAUGAAAUGGAAAUCAGAAGUAAUCUACAGUAUGAGAUACAUAGUAUCAUGUUCCAAGACUUGGUGAAGAACCUAGGUGUUGAAUCCGUUGAUCAUCUUAUCAAGACCUCCAUCGAAGAUGAGGUGCAUACAGCUCUUCUUGCCAAGACUAUGAAUGCUUGGAAGAUCACUACUGAAAUGGUUCAGAGUGAGAGACUUAUCAAGGAAGAGAUGGACUGCAUUAUUUUUGGAGGUUUCAUAAAUGAUUUGGUAAAUGGUCAAAAUUUAAGUGUGGUCAAAUCUCAACACCAAAAUAGACCAAGUGAUAAUCUGGGAAGAUUUGGUAUGAUUGACUACACCGAGCAGUUAGAGAAGGGAAAUAUACAAGUCAAUGUAACUACUGAAGAUGAAGGUGUAGGCUCUGAUCAACAUCGAGUACUUGUGGAUCAAGAAGUUUUAGGUAUAAUUGAUAAUUGUGACAGGCAAAAUCCAAGAGGAAGUGAUAAGAAAGCUGAAGCAUCAACAGGCAGAGAUAAUGCUUAUGAUUCAGGUAAUUGCAAUUUAGAGGAAGGAUUGGAUGAUCGCAGGAAGCGGCAAACAGAAGAGAUAGCUAUAGGUUUGUGCAUGCCUUCUGAAGGAGUGAAUCAAGAAAUGUGCAUUCCAUUGACAAACAUAUAUGAAAUAUUCAUGGACUUUGAGACUAUUGCGUGUGGAAAAAUAGGAAGAGCUGUGCUGAGAUUGAGAGACUUGGACAAACAAUUGUCAAACCUGAUUGAACAAGUGAACUCUGUUAAAACAAGUGAGCUUAUUUACCGGAGGGCUUUCACUAGGAGAUGUUGCGACCUCCAAACAGCAGAAGCUGAGGUGGAUCUUCUUGGCGAUGAAGUGGAGCUGCUUCUUGGACUUCUCAGUAAGACAUACCGAGCUCUGGAGCAUUACUCACCAGUUCUUCAACACUAUGUGGGGAUCAGGGAGAUGAUGAACCUGCUUGGGAAGGAGCUUGCUGUGAGGCUGAGUCAUUAG